AAAGGUGCCACUUUAAUGCCAAUGUGCUUCCCUGUUUGUCGUCAGCCUAUCUGCUAUUAUUAUUAUUAUUAUUAUACAGUCCCGAGACUAUAGCCGCAGAGUGCACGCUUCCAACGCUGUAACAAAACAGAAAGUAGGUGGACUUUUCAACCACAAACAUAUUGUCGCUUAUACUGUUGCGCACGAGCACACCUACACGCACGGCCUGGUCUCUAUCAUCAUAUUGAUCCUCCUGAUGUUCGUGUGGACCUCAUAUCUUGGGCAUGUGUGAACUUGAAGGCAGGAAAUAAAGCGCGCUCCUCCGCAACAGGGAAGUAAACCUAACCUAUGUUCUACGUUGCUUAAAAGUUGUCCGUGUUGAGCUGCUCGGUGCUCUACGUUGAUUUCUCUUCGGUCAAGACAUUAAAACGACGGCGACGAGCCAGCUUUUAAGGGACAAACGAAAGCUUUAACGCGAGAGAUGGAGGCAGGAAAUGCUCAGUAGGUUAUUAGGACUGGAGGAGUACGUGUGAGACAGAGGACACCAGAGCAUUUUUCAAUGUUUGAAAUCCAUAUUUAACUGAAGCAGCCCUCUCUGAUCAUGGCCCAGUGGAUACACAUGUCCCAGAUGAUACAGUGCCUGUCUGAUGACACUGUCAACAACCUCUAUCCCCCAACCGCCUUCCCCAUUGAAGUCAGACAUUUUUUAGCUGAGUGGAUUGAGAGACAAAGAUGGGACGACUUUGUGCUGGAAAAGGUGGAGCAGGAGAGCCAAGCUCAAGCUCUGUUGGAGCAGACCAUCAGCAGGCUGCAAUCGAUUGCUCAGCAGAACGCCAACGUGGUGGACAGGAUGAAGCUGAUGCAGAUCAGCAGGAACAUGAUCGUGUUUCAGCAGCAGCCUCUACAAUUUGGAGUGAUGGUCAGGGACAUCCUCACAAAGGAGAGGGUUCUGCUUGGCACACCCGCUCAGAUGCCCAACCCUCCCCAGUUCCAACAGUACCCGAAUAGAGAGUCCUCGUUCCCCAACAUGCAGGAUGUAGACCACCUCGUUCUGAAGGUGCUAGACGUCCAGGACAUUCGACAAAAGAUGCACCAGCUGCAAGAAGAGCUCAACUGGGAGAGGCAGAACUAUGAGGGUUUACAAGGGCCAAUUCAAAAGAACGGACUGGAUCCAACAAAGUCAGAAACUCAGAAACUCCAGAAUCACAUCCAGCAACUGGAGUACAAUGUGAAAGCAAUGUCCACGAAGCGUUUCCAGCUGCUGAAGGAGAGUGUGGACUGUCUGGACCAGUGUCAGAUCCGACUGAUCAGCAGGCUGAAGGCGUGGAGGUGGGAUCAGCACAAGGCCACCAUCGGACAUCCAUUUGACGACAACCUCAACCACCUGCAGACCUGGUGUGAGCAGCUGCUUGGCGUAAACGGAAAGCUGAGACAGGAGUUGAUGCUAAUAGGGGAACCAAUCCCAGAGCUCCAGGAAAGGCUGGGGGAACUUCUGCAGGUUCUGAUUCAAAGCUCUCUUGUAGUGGACAAGCAGCCCCCUCAGGUCAUUAAGACUCAGUCAAAGUUCUCCACAACUGUGCGAUAUCUGCUGGGGGAAAAAGUCGCUCCUGGGAAGCCUGUGGUGCUAAAAGCGCAAAUCAUAAAUGAACUUCAGGCCAGGAACCUGGGCAGUGUACCUGGUGAUAAUGUUGGGGAACUGAUCAACAAUACAGCGAUCCUAGAACACAACACAUCCAGCAAAAGCACAUGUGCCACCUUCAGGAAUAUGUCCAUUAAGAAGAUCAAGAGAGCAGACAGAAAGGGAUCAGAGUCCGUAACAGAAGAGAAAUUUGCUCUCCUGUUCUCGACGGAGAUCACCAUCACAGGCUGUGACACCCCCUACAGGAUACAGAUGAUCUCACUGCCGGUGGUCGUCAUUGUUCAUGGGAGUCAGGACAACAAUGCUCUGGCCACCAUCAUAUGGGACUGUGCUUUUUCCGAACCAGACAGAGUGCCAUUCAUGGUGCCGGAGCGCGUGCCCUGGAGGAUGAUGCACAGCACUCUCAACAGUAAAUUCACCGCUGAGGUCCAGACACAGCACCACCUGGACCAAUACAACCAGCACUUCUUGGCCCAGAAGAUAUUUGACAAGCCUGACUUUAACGACGACUUCAGCAACAUUUUGGUUUCCUGGGCCCAGUUUAAUAAGGAGGUUCUCCCAGGUCGACCCUUCACUUUCUGGCAGUGGUUUGAGGGAGUGAUGGAGCUGACCAAGAAGCACCUGAAGACCUACUGGAGCGAAGGGCUGAUAUUUGGUUUCAUUGGGAAGCAGCAUCUACACCUGAUUCUCAAAGACAGGCCAAACGGGACAUUCUUGCUUCGCUUUAGUGACUCUGAGAUCGGAGGCAUCACCAUUGCAUAUGUGUCCGCCACUGAGAAUGGGGGACAGAAAAUCCAGAACAUCCAGCCCUUCACCAAGAGAGAUCUUGAGAUCCGUAGCCUUGGUGACCGCAUCCGGGACAUAAACCACAUAACCCACCUGUAUCCUGAAUUUCCUAAACAUGAAGUUUUCAAAAAGUUCUACACAGAGCCUCAACCGCCUUCCAGCGGGGGCUACAUCCCUGUGUCUCUCCAAACUAAAGUCGGCACGGGAGAUAGCUCAGCCACACACCCAGAUCCGACACCCCUCGCUGAAAGCCCUCGCAAUGUUGUUGGCUUCUCUGUGCUUCAGUUUCCGCAGCCCUUCAGCCCGCAGGAGUCUAGCAAUCAAGAAAUGGAAGCUUCACCUUCUGUGGAGUUCAGUCCAAACCCUUCUGUUGGCUUCACUGAACUCAUUCCUCAAGAUAGCAAUAUGGCGAAUAUGGAUCUAGAUUUAGACACUCUCCUCCAGAAUCUGAAUCAAUAGGAGGAUUUCCCAUCAAAGUUGGUUUUGGAGUGCAAAGCAGACAUCGACUUGAGACCAGAGCCAAAAUCGUCUGUUUUACCGUCAUAUGAAAGAGCAUCAAUUGCUCGCACAGACUUUCUUCCUUGACUUUAAUCAUCGAUCUACAGAUUAAUCUACUUUUGAAUAAAAACAAAUGUGAUUUUUCUGAUUGAGUUGGUGCUAUGUCAAAUAGGAAAACAUUUUAAGGACAAAGUCAAACUGAGAACAAACGAAAAUAAUGAAAAGUGCUGUUAUCCGUGUUGUGCACCUCUUUAAAAAGAAACUCUGUCUCAACUGGUGGUAGGUUUGUUUAUGUUGUUCUCCACUCAGUGGAUAGUCAGCCACCAGAGAUUAUUUUUUAGGUUAUGUUGCCCUCUGUGAUUGUUGCAUGUUUUGCAUGAAGAGGAAAGCAUAACUGAAUAGUAUUUCCCUAUUGUAUAUAACCCUUCCUUAUGAUGGCCAAGCCUCAGCUAUAGUAUAUUAUACACCCAAUCUCACAGUUACGCACAGUAUGCAUGGUAAAGACUUCAUAACUCAGCCAAUGUUAAUGAGCCUAACCUGUUUUGUAUAUAGUGGUGACUAGGAACAUGAACCUAAAAAUAAACUUUUUGAUCACU